AUGUCGUAUGCCUACCUGUUCAAGUAUAUCAUCAUUGGUGACACCGGAGUCGGAAAGUCGUGUCUUCUUCUUCAGUUCACAGACAAGCGUUUCCAGCCUGUUCAUGACUUAACUAUUGGAGUCGAAUUCGGUGCUCGCAUGGUCACCAUUGAUGGCAAACAAAUCAAACUUCAAAUCUGGGAUACUGCUGGCCAAGAAUCUUUCCGUUCAAUCACUCGCUCCUAUUAUCGUGGAGCCGCUGGAGCUUUACUCGUAUACGACAUUACUCGCCGAGACACUUUCAAUCACCUGACUUCUUGGCUUGAGGAUGCUCGUCAACACAGUAAUAGCAACAUGGUCAUUAUGCUUAUUGGAAAUAAGAGUGACUUGGAAGCUCGACGGGAAGUAAAGAAAGAAGAAGGAGAAGCUUUUGCUCGUGAACAUGGACUCGUCUUCAUGGAGACUAGUGCUAAGACUGCUGCCAAUGUUGAAGAGGCUUUCAUUGAUACCGCCAAAGAAAUUUACCGAAAAAUUCAGGAAGGAGUAUUCGAUAUUAACAAUGAGGCUAAUGGAAUUAAAUUGGGACCACAGCAUUCACCAAGCUCGCCAUCUGCGCCUGGUGGAAACGCUAGCGGAGGAUUAGGCGGGCCCAAUUGUUGCUGA